GAGGCUGCGGAGGAGGUGACGAGGCGCGUCCACUCGCUGUCGGGGAAGAAGGACGGGCUGGUGCCCAUGUUCAUCAACACCCACAGUGGCCUCUUCACGCACAUGGGCGUGUUCACGUUGGGCGCCAGGGCCGACAGCUACUACGAGUACCUUCUGAAGCAGUGGAUCCAGGGCGGAAAGAAGGAGACCCAGUUAGUGGAAGACUACCUCGAAGCCAUCGAGGGAAUCAAGAGGCACCUGCUGCGCAGGUCUGAGCCCAGGAAGCUCACCUUUGUGGGGGAGCUCGCCCAUGGCCGCUUCAGCGCCAAGAUGGACCACCUGGUGUGCUUCCUGCCAGGGACGCUGGCUCUGGGCGCCCACCACGGCCUGCCCGCUGACCACAUGGAGCUGGCCCGGGCGCUCAUGGACACCUGCUACCAGAUGAACCGUCAGAUGGAGACGGGGCUGAGCCCCGAAAUUGUGCACUUCAACCUGUACCCUCAGAGCGACCAGAAGGAUGUGCAGGUCAAGCCGGCCGACAGGCACAAUCUGCUGCGGCCCGAGACGGUGGAGAGCUUGUUCUACCUGUACCGCCUCACGGGGGACCCCAAGUACCAGGACUGGGGCUGGCAGAUCCUGCAGAGCUUCAACACGUACGCACGGGUCCCCUCGGGCGGCUACUCGUCCAUCAGCAACGUCCAGGAUCCCCUCAAUCCCCAGCCCAGGGACAAGAUGGAGAGCUUCUUUCUGGGGGAGACGCUCAAGUACCUGUAUCUGCUCUUCUCCGACGACCCAGACCUGCUCAGCCUGGACGCCUACGUGUUCAACACCGAGGCUCACCCCUUGCCCAUCUGGGUCCCGCCCAGGGGGGCCUGACGCCCCUGUGGGCAGUGCCUCAGACGUGACCCAUCCUUGCUGUGAUUCAUGGUUUCCCGUCCACUGGAGGAGGCUUCUUCCUUCUUCCUGUGAAUCUUGAAUCAUGUUUACAUUCCGAAUACCCGACCAGCUUCGUCAGCCGGUGCCCGGGCUUCGUGGUGGUCCCUCGUGCCUGGUCGUCUGCCGGGGCUGCGCUGGGUCCCCCACAUAGCGUUCAGAGACGAGAGCUGAAGGGACAGCCCGACAUGCGGCUCAGCCUGGGAUCAGAGCCUGCGACGUGCCCUGACCCGAGGGUCUGGGGGGGCGCCUGUGACCCCCUGCGCAUCCGGGCACCUGGUGGGCUGUGGUGUUUACACGUUGGACUCAGGGAUCCUCCCCUGGCCCUGCAGGGGCUGGGAGGGGCGGGUGGGCGAGUUCGUCCUGCUCCUGGACCACCCGCUAGUGUGGACUUUCCACGAAGCAUAAAGUAGAUUGUUCCC